CUUCAUUUCCUUGCCGGCCUAAUUCCGCAUUUCCCAAACCCUAAAUUUUGGAAAACUGCGUUCGAGAAAUCCGAUUGUUCCCAGCCCAAAUAAAUUAAGACGUUUUGAUGGACAUGGGCAGUUCAUAUUCCCGAAAAGGGGCUUCUUUGUCGAGCUUUUCUCCUGUUCCUGAACCAUUUCCUUCUGGAGGGGAAAGGAAUGAGAAUUUGAUGCAUCCUCAGAAACCAGUGACUAAGCAGUUCAUGUCAUCCACCAAAGAAAGGAGUGUUUUGGGUGAAAGGAAUGAAGCUAACUCUUCUCAUAGUCCUAUACAGAAACCCCCAACUCAUGUUGAAAAAACUAAUCUCAAAAAUUCAAGAUUUCAAUACCCUAACAGAUCUUCGUUGGCUGUUUCUGAGCCCGAUGACGAUGAUUCUUCUUCCAAGCAGUAUGACCCUUUAAGAAGUAAUUACUGUUCUCCUCGGCCUAAGUAUUUGCGCUACAGACCAAAUAGGCAUCGCGAGCUCAUACUUAAUCUUGAAAGUCGGGAUUAUGGUGUUCAAAGAUGCAUUUCUGCUGGUGAUGGUGGAAAUGGGGUAUCAGAAGAUGAUGCAACAGGGAGGGAUGAGGAUGAAACAGAUGAUGAAGAGGAGGAGGAAGAAGAAGAGGGAUAUUUGGAAGACAGCCGACAGAGUUCCAAUUGGUUCUUAAAACUUCUGCUUUUCACGGUUGCUGUGCUCCUGUCGCCUUUGUUUGUAUCUCUGUUGGACAACUCUCCAUCUUCACCAGCCGAACCAGUUGCGUAUGGCUUUGGAGAAAUGAACAAUGUACUUUGGGGUGUUUCUUUGAAUGGAAGUGCGAGUGAGUAUCAGAAUGAAAUUGAAGUGUCACCAAGUGGUAUUACUUGGGAAUCGGAUGAAAGGGUAGAAAUUGGUGAUGGGGUAGAAUUUCCUGUGGAUGAAGAGGAGAUGUUCACUGGAACUAGCAAUAUGCCCAGUGAAGGUCAAGAAGAAAAGCUAGAGAAAGAAACUACUGAAAGCGUUGCCGGUGAAGUUGAAGAAGGUUUUGAUCAACUCCCUCUGGGAAACAGCGAAGACGAAGAAGGUUUUGAUCAACCCCAUUCUGUUGGUGAAAUGGAAGAAAAAGGUGGUUUUGAUCUACCAGUGCAGCAUGGAGCUCUUGAAGUGACUGGUGAGAGACUUUCUGAAAGUAAGAAUUAUGCUUCUGAUGUUAUUCAAGAACUUGUUCAGGUAGAGCCUGCAGCAGCUUUGGUAGAAAGCAUCAGAGAAACAUUCCUGGAGGAGACAGAUUCGUCUGAUGAUUCCAUAGAUUCUGAUGAUUCCAAGGAUGAAGAUACUGUUCCAGGGAUAAUAUAUGACGAUUUCAAAGAUGAAGAUACUUUUCCAUGGAGAAUUUCUAAUGAUUCCAAAAAUUAUGCUGAUGUGGCAGUGAAACUUUACUCAAAACUCCAACAGAUUAUGCUCACACCAGCAGCCAUUACCAUUGUUUCCCUCCUUCCAGUUAUUCUUGCAUAUGCAUAUUCUGCAAGGCAACAACCAAGAACUUCACAUGAACAAUCCAAUGCUGUUCUUGACCCACCACCACAAAAGGUGAAAACUGAGAAAAUUGAAUCCAAUGCCAAAGCUUCAGCUUUGAUUGAUCCUGUUGAAGAAUACCGUCGAUAUACGGCCUCCAAUCUGUUCCCCCCUCUUGAGCACUCAUCUAUAGUAGAAACGGAGGCCACCCGAGGAACGAAAAAACUACCCGGUGUGAAAAAUGCAGAAGACUCUUCUUUUUUGGUUGGCUCGGUGAAAGAUUCAGUACAAGAGCUUAGUAGCCACAACAAAACUCUUGAAGUUGAGCUUCUUGGAGAAUUUGUGAUAGGAGAAGCCAGCAGCUCCUUAAGAGCUUGUGUUAGGAAACCCAGGCUGCUGCCUGAAACAGAAGAGAGCAGUUAUAGUUAUUCCUUUUCUCAAGCCAGUGGUGGAUCAUCAAAACUUCAUCACCCUCCCAUGGAGUCCCCAACAUCUGACUCCUCAUUUGGAAGAAGGUUUUCCACCACUGAAAAGAAACAACUACCCAAGAAGAAAGAGAGAGGCAACGAUGGAGAGGGCACCAAGAAGGGGGUGAUCACCACAACUCCAGUUAGGCGGUCGAGCAGAAUCCGAAACAGAGGGGUUGUUAUGUCUCCAUGAACAAUCAUCAUUCAAUUCAGCAAAUUUCUUUUUUUUUUUGUGUUAUUUUCAUUAAUUAAAGAAACAGCAAACUGUGCU